AUGCUAACUGCUUAUUCGAGACGUUUCGUGAACCACUAUACACAUUAUUGGUUAAAAGAAAACAGUAUUAUGACAGGGAAUGAAAUAUCAUGUUUAAAUGAACAGUUUAAUGUAUUGAAAUGUAUUGAAAACAUGGAUAUCUCAACAGUAGACGAAAGCACAGCUGUGAACGAGAUAAAUCUGACAAAUAAUGGCAAACUAUCGAAUAAUGAAGAAAAUGAAAGUAUAAUGGCUGAUAAACCAGAAGAUAUGGAUGAAGAUAAAUUCAACAGUUGUUCAAAAAUUGAUAUAAAUAAAUAUAAAUCAACUGUAGAUCAAGUUAGUGUGCAGCUUAGAUAUAUUCAAACAUCAUUUUGUUCUCCUGAAGAAUUAAUUAAACAAUCUACAACGUCUGCCAUAUGUGAAGAAAACUUUAUUCGGAGAGUAUUAAAGUUUGCUAAUCAAAUACUAAAAGUUGAAAAUGAUUUAAAAUUAUUAUGUAUGGAAUCAAUUAGGAAAAUUGAGAACGAUCGUGAAAAUAUAACAAUAAUUGAAACAAAAAAUAAUGAACUAGUUAACAGAGAUCCAGGCAAUUAUAAAUCAGGUCAUAUAUUUACAGAAGAAGAAUUAAGAUAUCUCGUAUCUAUUGAUCCAUCACAACCUAUUCUACAACACUACCCAGCAAACAAUAUACUUGCACAAACAAAAAAACAUGUCGAUUUGCCGCAAAAUAGGCCAGGAAAUGAAAAGCUGGAUGAAGCUUGGUUGUGGACUGGGGUGAAUACUUGGAAUAAAAUGGAAGGUCGAGGAAAAGAAAAAAACGUAAAUUGA